CGAUAUCAGGAUGGUUUGUACGAGGUUAGAGCGCUAGCUAGCUGAACCAAUAGUGCGAAGUGAAAACUAGGAAUUGAAGCGCAAACACGGAUUUCCUGUGGGAUAAACAUACAGGCCUGGCUGAUAUAACGAUGCCACACUCGAGACGGUACCCGUCCUCAGAAAGGGCCAGCCGGAGCAGCUAUCAAGACCGGGACAGAGACAGAGGACGCAAGCAGAGGCACCGCAGAUCGCCCUCUUUUUCCUCUAGCAGUGACCGGGAGAGGGAUCGGGACAGAAGGGGACGGGGAAACCGACAGGAGGGAAGCUACGCUCGCUCCAGGAGCUACGAUAAUCGCUCGGCAGACCGCAGGCCAUACGACCGGCGCUACUGUGAGGGCUACCGGCGCCUGGACCAGAGCCGCGAACGAGACCGCGGAAACCGGGAAAGGGAACAUGGAGGUGCACCAGCAGCAGUAGCCGACGGCGGUUACUAUGCACGUGACUUCUCACCGAGCAUGUGCGACUACCGGAGGGGGCGCGAGAGGGAACGGGAGGAGUCGUACCGAAGGAAGGGCAGCAGGCGUAAGCACAAACGAAGGCGGCGUAGAACCAGGUCCUAUAGCCCAUCCUCCUCGCUCCUGGACUUGCGGAGUGACAGCCGGACGCGGGCACUGAGUGUGAGGGACGACGAGGAAGGGCACCUGAUCUGUCGGAGUGGGGACGUCCUGCAAGAGAGAUAUGAGAUUGUCAGCACUCUGGGGGAAGGCACCUUUGGGAGGGUGAUGCAAUGUAUUGACCAUCGUCGGGGAGGGGCCGCUGUUGCUCUGAAGAUCAUAAAAAAUGUGGAGAAAUACAAGGAAGCAGCUCGUCUGGAGAUCAAUGUGCUGGAGAGAAUCAAUGAGAAAGAUCCGGAAAACAAACACCUGUGUGUGCAGAUGUACGACUGGUUCGACUACCACGGCCACAUGUGUAUCUCCUUCGAGCUGCUGGCCCUCAGCACCUUCGACUUCCUCAAGGAGAACAAUUACCUGCCCUAUUCCAUCGCCCAGGUCCGACACAUGGCCUACCAGCUAUGCCUGUCCGUCAAGUUUCUUCAUGAUACCAAGUUGACGCACACAGACCUGAAGCCAGAAAACAUCCUGUUUGUCAAUUCCGACUUCACGAUGACCUAUAACGUAGAGAAGAAGCGCGACGAGCGGACAGUYAAGAGCACGGACGUACGGGUGGUGGACUUUGGUAGCGCCACAUUUGACCACGAGCACCACAGCACCAUCGUCUCCACACGGCACUACCGCUCCCCGGAAGUCAUACUAGAGCUGGGCUGGAGCCAGCCGUGUGAUGUGUGGAGCAUCGGUUGCAUCCUGUUCGAGUACUACCUGGGCUUCACCUUGUUCCAGACUCAUGAUAACAGGGAGCAUCUGGCCAUGAUGGAGAGAAUACUGGGGCCGGUGCCCUCCAGGAUGAUACGCAAGACGAGGAAGCAGAAAUAUUUUUACCGUGGACGUCUGGACUGGGACGAGAGCUCGUCAGCUGGGAGAUACGUGAGGGAGAACUGCAAACCCUUACGGAGGUACCUGUUGUCGGAAGCCGAGGAGCACCAUCGGUUGUUUGACCUGAUUGAGAGCAUGCUGGAAUACGAGCCCGCUAAGCGCCUGGCCCUGGCAGACUCCCUCAGACACCCUUUCUUCGAAUCGGGGACAGCAGGCGAUGCGGUGGGGGGGAAGAGCUGGGAGGGCAACCGCGACAUCAGCCGGUGACCCGGGACCUCCACAGACUCUUAACGAUAGAGCGAUUUUAUUUUUUUCAGGUGGAGCAGACCGAUACGACCACUUAAGGCGMUACGGCCAAAUUCGAUGGACCUUACCAGUCUGUCUGAAAUCCUUUGGCCAUUCAUCACAGCAUGGACCCGUUUCCUCCUGCUUACUGUACUGCCCCCACAGUUAGGAGAGAGGCUCAUGCUGGCAGCUAGAAAACCAGAAGGACUUCAGAAAAAGACAGCCCUCCUUUUAGUCCUCUCGGCUUCUGCUCCAACAGAAGGCAAAUGACCAAGAGAGGAGUUUUUAGCCCAACCUUAGAUUACCCAGACCCAGCUCCAGUCUUCCGCAUGUAAAGGAAAGGACCGGCCUCGUGUAGUGGAACACUAGUGAGAGCAAGAGAAGCCUUGCUCUGAAAGCCAAUAUCGUGACCGCUUCAUUUGAGGUGAAACGCUUGGAGAAGAGYGGGCACUGUCUUGUAUUUAUUUGGYAACUCUUGUCCAUGCCACAGCUAUCGAUCUUGGCUAAUGUUAGCCAAUCGAAUGGCACGUUUCYUCAAUGAGUGAUUGCCACUCCACAUGUAUUGCUUAUAUAGGCCUCUCCUAUUGAUAUAAUAUAUCUACUGUAUCUCUGUUACGUAUGCAAUGCUUUUGAGGAGAGGGAUUGAUGCCAUAUUAAUGUAAUAAUAGUACUCACAACUGGACAUGUUUUCUCAUCUGUUCUUCAUCUAGUCUGGGGAAAUGACAGACACUCACACAAAUCAGACCCCCAUACAACACAAUCUGCAAACUGCCUUUUUACAUGUGUGAUAGUAUCAGGCCUGUGGUCUGAGAUGAAGCACACACAGGGUCAUAAUAGUAACGUAUGGCAUCCCGAUGCCACAGGCACACAGCAGCACCCGGUUUACAGUAUUUAUUAUUAUUAUCUCCUCCCUGUACAUUCAUUUUUUUUUUGUAUAAGAUUUAAAUGUAUAAAACAAUGUAUGAUUCUGUCGAAUUAAAGUUAAGUCCUCCUUUGCCAAGGCUUGUAGCGCCGUUGGUUGAGUUAUGGGGAGGCGUUUUUGUCUUAAGUACU